AACAACGUCAGUAUCAGUUGACAGUUGUCUGACGAUUGCCUCGCCGCAUAACACUCAGAGUUACAAGCAAACUGAACAUCCUCCGCUCAGUCUGCUAUGUUCUAAGUUCUGUCUAUGACAUUCAGCACUCUCUGCAGCUCAGGGAUCAACGGACUUGUAUCCAUAGGUACAGGGCGAAGCCGACGUUGAGCAACGAGGCGGAGGCCACACUUGGACGACUCCAUGGCAGAGGACAAGAAGGAGAUAGUGGACAACACUGAGGAGGAGGUGACACUGCACCACGUCGAUCAAAUCUUGGGAAUCGUCCUAGUGGGAGGUACUGACUCCUCUUCAAUGCCUUUUGCGCCAAGCAACAAUGUCGACGUAUUCAUAUCCCAGGUGAUCAGGAAUAGCACUGCAGACCAAAGUGGUCGCCUGCGCAUGGGAGAUCGUAUCAUCAAGAUCAACGGAGAGGGGCUCAGUAACAGGAGCUGUAGCCUUGCAAAGGCCGCGUUAGCUGCCCAGGGCGGUAACAAUAACAUAGUGAAGCUGACGGUCUACCAUCACUGUCAGCUGACAGGAAUUGUGGCUGUAGAACUGCUCCGCCACCCCGGAGAAGAGCGCCUCGGAUUCACCAUCAAGGGAGGCGUCGGCAGUCCGCAUCCAGGCAACCCGGACAACUCGGAUGAUGUGGGCAUAUUCGUAUGCAAUAUCCGUGAGCAGUCGGCGGCAUCCAGGUGCCCAGAACUACGCAUCGGACAGCGGUUGGUGGAGGUGAACGAUCUGACUGUGAUCGGCGCAUCGCACUAUGACACCUUGACUCUCCUGCGGGAGACACGUAACCCGGUCCGCUUGCUGCUGUGCGAUGGCUAUGCCAAGAUUAAAGUUAUUAAUUAAACAGGAUACUUAAUCUUCCGCACUAUCCUUGACGCAGGCUGCCAGUCCAAAUAAAACGGAGAUAGAAUCGUACAUGAUGGAGUGACAAACGUGCAAUGGACAAGACAACGGACAGAGCAACAGAUGCGUCGCGUGACUGGCACACACGCACACCUAUCUCGACGGCCGUAAAUGACCAGGCUGCUUCAAGAGUCACCCCCCCCCCCCCAACACACACACACACACACACACACACUUUGUUUUAGAUUUCCGCAUAGCUACAAGCCUGUUGCGGCCAGACAUUAGUUACUUGCAAUGCAAACAUGUUUUUGGCAUUUAGACAGUCUGGGUUCCUGAUACUGUACAAUGGUCUUCUUCUGGCGUU